AUGAGAGAUAGUCGAGAUAGAGCUAAUACUCAAGUCGAUAAUAAUUCAUAUGAAGAAAUCCUCAAGAAAUAUAAGAACAUAGCUCAAUCUAGUAAUAUGUCAACAUAAUUGGAAUCUAUUCAAGAAGAUGAACCUCAAUCUAAUUUUUCUAUUGAUUAAAUGGAAAAGGAUACAGAAAAAAAUUAAUUUCUAAGAAAAACAAAUGACUUGGAUCUAGUCAAUCAAAAUGAUUGUAAUUAAUAAGAAUAUUAUAUUAUUAGCAAUCUUUAAAUGUACUUUAAGUGAUGAAAAAUUAAAAGAAUUAAAAUAAGGUAAAAAUGAAUGUUGUAUAUGUCAUAAAAGUUCAUCACUUAUUCAUAAAUUGAAACAAUGUAAGUUCUGUGGUAAUGUUGUAUGUAAAGAACAUGGAAAAAAGAAAAGAAAAGAUCCUAAUAAUAAUUCAUUAUUAAAAAGAUUAUGUGAAAUUUGUGAAGACAAAUAUAUUAGACUUACUGUAGAAACAGCAUACAAAUAGAAAAGAGAUUAAUUGGCUUAAUAAGCAUUAGAAUUAGAUUUAUAAUCAAAAGAAUUAUUAUAGGAUAUUAGAUCUUUGUAGAAUUAAGUUUCUGAAAUCUAAUAAUAAGGUGUUAAAUAAUAAGGAGAAUAUAAAUAAAUAUAAAAUGAACUUAUCUUUAAAACAUAGAAAUUAGAUAAUGAAAUUAAAAGUUAUUAAGAUGAGAAUCUUAAAUUGAAAUCUAUUAUUCAAUCCAUAAAAAAAGAAAUGUAAUUAUUGAAUGAAAGAUUAAAUGAAAAAAAAUUGGAUUCUUAAAAGAAAUAGAAUCAAUUAUAUUAAAUUGAAUAAGAGAUUUAAUAUAAUGAUAUUGAAUGUUAAAAAGAGAUGUUAGAAAUAGAAAAGUUAUAAUUGACCAUACAAUCUAAAAAAUAAAAUAAUCAAUAAUAAUAAUAAUAGAAAUCUUAAAUUUAGAAAAGUGAGAUUAAAAAUUAUUAGUAAUAUAUUUAAACUGAUGAUUCUUCAACUAUUUAAUAAUAUAAUCCUUAUUUAAAUAGUAAUAAUAAUUUAAUAAUUAAUAACAAUUAAAGUAGUGAAAAUGAAACAGAAAUAUUAGAUAAUAAAAGAAAGAAUUCUAAAAAAUAAUAAGAAGAUAGAGAAGAAGCUAAUUGUUGUUAAAUUAUGUGA